GCCUGGUAACCAACUGGGACGACAUGGAGAAGACUCCUGGAUAUGGCGUCACGCCUUCUGCAACCAAUUGCGCCUCGAUCCGCGCCUGCACCCGGUGCUACUCACUGAGGCUCCCAGGGCAGGCAUUGAAAGCACCUGAAGCCUGCGGUACUCGUCUGGCCGCACGACGGGAGUUUCCUGUGCUGCAUGUGUUUGUUAUCAGGUCGUGGUUGAUUGUGGUGCCGAAGUAUCUCAGGCCUCAUGCCGUGCGCCGGCUGGAGCUGGGCGGCCGAGACUUGAACGAGUACCUUCUGAAGGUGCUUGCCAAGAAGGAUUUCAAGUUCACCACUUCCUUUGAGAAAGCCAUCGUCGCCGAUCUCAAGGAAAAGCUCUGCUACGUCUGCCGUGACUACCAGAGUGAAGAAAUGAAGGUGAGAUGUCAGGAAUUCAAGGAUCGGCCCUUUGAACUGCCGGACGGGAGUGUCGUGAUGGUGGGACCGGAGCGCUUCCGUUGUCCCGAGAUGUUGUUCCAGCCCAGUUUGUUUGGGAAGGACGAAAUCGGAAUCCAGCGCCUGCUCUACCAGGCUAUCAGGUCCUGCAACCUCAACAUCCGUGGCGACCUUGCUGGCAACGUUGUUCUGGCGGGUGGCUCCAGUCUCUUUGACGGCAUGCCUGAGCGGAUCCGUGUUGAGCUCGAGGCCCUGGUGGAGGGCAGGGUGAUCGUGAAGGUGACGGCGGAACCCAUGCGGAAGUACUGCACCUGGAUGGGCGGCUCCCUUUUGGCUUCCCUUGGCACCUUCCAGCACAUGUGGAUCGCGCGAGAGGAGUACGAUGACGAGGGGCCUGAGAUCGUGCAUGGCCGAUGCUACUGA